AUGGGCGUGCCAGCAAAGCCAAAAUAUACGCCAGAUUCAUACACCGUUGCACUUAUCUGCCCAAAGGGGAUUGAAUUCGCCGCGGUUGAAGGCAUGCUAGAACAUACCCACCCACCUAUCCCCAUGGAGCGAGCUGAGAAUGCCUACACGCUUGGACAGAUAAGCAACCACAACGUCGUUGUUGUUAUGUUGCCUGAAAGUGGGACCAGCGCCGCAGCGACGACAGUGACACAGGCCCUAAAUGACUUCAAGUCAAUUAGAUUUGGUUUGUUAGUGGGGGUUGGUGGUGCUAUCCCUGUUGAGGAAGUACAUGAUAUCCGUCUUGGGGAUGUUGUAGUGAGCAUGCCCGCAGGUACUUUUGGCGGAGUGGUUCAGUUCGAUCGUGGUAAGAUAUAUACGGAUGGAAGGUUUGAACGGACAGGGGCGUUAUCGAAGCCUCCAAACUUGCUCUUAUCAAGUGCGGGAAAGCUACACGCAAGGCACAUCAGAGAAGGCAACAGUCUGAUGAAAAACGUGUCCACUCUGCUCAGCAAGUUUCCCAAAAUGAGAAAAGGACCUCUAGGCGACCCGGGAAGUGCCAAAGAUUUGCUCUUUGAAGCAACAUAUCCCCACCCAGAAAAAAUGAACACUUGCAAAUCAUGUCUUCCAGAAAAGCUUGUUAACCGUGAGCCACGAUCUGAAGCAGGCCCUGAAAUUCACUAUGGUACUAUCGGAUCUUCCAAUCUGGUUAUCAAAGAUGGCAUCACCCGAAAUAAGCUAUACGAUGAACUUGGAAUAAUCUGUGUUGAGAUAGAAGCUGCGGGACUGAUAGAUGAGUUUCCCUGUCUAGUCAUCCGAGGCAUCUCUAAUUACGCAGAUUCCCAUAAAAACAAGGAGUGGCAGCCGUACGCUGCGGCCACAGCAGCCGCAUACAUGAAGGAACUUCUAGAGACAAUCCCUUCGUCCGAAGUUUACAAGGCCCGUCGAGCGGUGGAUUCUCUCAAGGUGUGGGUGGGUUCGAUUAGAAAAGAAGUCGUUGAUGCCGCGAUCAAAGGGAAGCUUGACGAAUUUAAAAACGACUGUUCCAAAUCGAAAAUGGAGGUACUUGGAGAAUGGACCGCUAGCGUAGUGGAUUUUUCCUCGGUACAUCAAUUUUUUGCGAAGUGGUUUCACUCUCCCCGUCUCUUAUAUGGUCCUUGGACUCCUGAUCCUCGCGCUGUCUGGGCGGACACUAGGAGAGACGAUUCUGAGAGAAUGCUUGCGUGGUGCGACGAUUGUGGGAAGAAUAGUAGUGGGUAUCGUGUAAUAGCAAAAUACUGGACCCUGUGGGCUCUUUUCAAAUACGCGGGGGUUGUUUCUGCUACGUUGCGCUGA